AUGGCAAGCAUCACUCCAUUCAAGAUUGACGUCCCCGACGCCGCCAUCACGAAGCUGAAAGCCAAGUUGGAACUGUCUGAUCUCCCCGACGAGGUUGACUUCUCCAAUGACUGGAACUACGGAGCGCCCCGAGACGACAUCCUCCGCCUCACCAAGUACUGGAAAGACGGCUACGACUGGCGCGCCCACGAGGCCAAACUCAACGCCGAGCUGCCGCAGUUCAAGACGACCAUACACGUAGACGGCUUCGGAAGCCUCCGUGUUCACUUUGUGCACAAGCCGAGCCCGAGGCCAGGGAGCAUCCCGCUCCUCUUCUGCCACGGAUGGCCGGGCCAUUUCGCAGAAGUCGCCAAGAUCCUACCGCUCCUCACAGACGCCCCGGACGGGCCGUCGUUCCACGUCGUCGCCCCGUCUCUCCCCAACUUUGGCUUCUCAGAGGGCGUCCGCAAGAAGGGCUUCAGCAUCCCGCAGUACGCAGAGACGCUGCACAAGGUCAUGCUCAGCCUCGGAUACAACAAAUACGUCACCCAAGGCGGCGACUGGGGCUUCAUCAUCACGCGCCUCAUUGGCCUGCAAUACCCGUCGUCCUGCCUCGCCUCCCACGUCAACUUUAUCCGGGCGCAAAGCCCCCCCGCCCUGCUGACCUCUCCCCUCCUGUACCUGCGGCACCUGCUGACGCCGUACACGGCCGUCGAGGCCGCGUUCCUCGAGCGCACCCGCUGGUUCCGGACAGAAGGGUCCGGGUACAACGCGGAGCAGAGCACGCGCCCGUCCACCGUUGGCGUCGCGCUCGCCGACCCCGUCGCCCUCCUGGCCUGGGUGUACGAGAAGCUGCACGACUGGACCGACGGGUACCCCUGGACCGACGACGAGGUGCUCACCUGGGUGUGCGUGUACCAAUUCUCGGCGGCGGGCGCGGCGGCCAGCGUGCGCAUCUACUACGAGUCCAAGCACGCCGAGGUGGCGAGGACGCAGCGCGGGUUCGGAUACGUGCCGGGCGUGCCGUUGGGGUUGUCGUAUUUCCCGAGGGACCUGGUUCUGCCGCCGAGGACGUGGGGGCGCGCCUUGGGACCCGUGGUGUUUGAGCGUGUUCACGACGAGGGGGGGCAUUUCGCGGCCUACGAGAGGCCCGAGGCGUUGGUGGCCGAUUUGAGGGCCAUGUUUGAGGGGGGCGCGAAGCACGUCGCCGAGCGUUUUGUUUAG